AUGGCACACAUUGCCAAUUGCAUGCGCUCUGAUUCCGACAAGUCUUCUGUUUAUAUAACUCUAGAAACGUCCUCCAGGAUGGUAAGCCACCCAGCUCCACUCUCCAUUGCAAUGAACUAUCAUUUGCCCCGACGUUCACGCUCACUCAGAGAUAUUCAGGCUGCCAGAGAUUCCCAAUCGCCAAGUGCUUCUUCCCACACCAAGAGUCCUUCGCUAGCAGCCCUACAUCAGCCUGCUGCAUCCAAGUACCAACUCUGGCCUUCUGCAAAAAGCCCAGUAGGACUAUCUAAGCCAAACCAAUCUUCGGACAAGUUUGCCGCCCUUUCUGCUGGCCGAUCUUCUACAUCUCUUAGUGAUACAGCCGUGCUGCCAGAGAGCAGUCUACCCUUUUGGCAGCGAACUGGAUCCUUGUCAAGAAGAAGAAAAGUCAGUGUGCCCGAGCUUGGAAGCACUAUGACUACUGUACAAGAGAUGUCCAUCGACUCCCCGACCAUCCCUGGGAGGCCACCCCUUCGUAAGCUCUCAUACGAAGCUUUUGGCCAUGAGAGAUCAUGUAGUGCUCCGGGUACCAACUGGAGGACCGGACCUUUUGGGGAUGCAAUGAUGGCUUGCGUAACAGGUCCUUCUCACGUUCCAGCUCAAAUCAUCAACGCCCCUCCUUCUGAUUUACCCAACGCUUCCGGAAGACCACUUUCUCCUAUCCUUAGUCCUGGUGCAACACCCAGACCCUACCUCAAGGUCCAGACCGCCAGCAUGGAUGAAGAAACUCGUCCACAAGUACCACCUAAAUCACCCGCUGUCGAGCGUAAAACUUCACCAGCCCCGCUGAUCCUCAACUCGAAGACAAGUCGGCCACAGAUGACAACGCCCGCCUCGACGACUUCGGGAGGUAACACACCAUUGAGUGCGAUGGACCUUCGAAGAUCGCCCAAUGGUAGUAUCCCACUACCUACUCCACCGUCGACUUUUACCAAUCCUUUCUAUGCAUCCUCACCUGCAUCCAACAGAGGCUCGCCACGCACUGAGAGGAGAGAUCCUAUCGCAACACAAUCGUUAGCUCACAACCGAAACAUGUCAGAGUCGUCGAUCAUGGAAAGAGGCCGACCUAAACGACGCAACAGCAAGAGAGAACGCAGCAGGACUGUAUCCGAGGCCGACGGUGCAGAAGCUAUCCCAGACUCUUGGAAGCUGCCCGAAGGCAUGCGCGUAUCAGAGGCUGCGAGACGAAUGAGUGAUGCCGACAAGAAGCUUCUCCACAAACAGGCAUAUGAUCAGGCUGGCAAUUUUGAGGUUCUUCACAAACGUGAUGUAGCAUCACUAUCAAGAGAACUCAGAGCUCUCGACGAGCGCUGCGAUUACCUCCGAAAGACCUACAAGUCUUUGCGAGCGGGUCGCCAAAAGCUGCACGGUCGUAUGAUCGCUUAUCUCAGGCGUGGAGAAACAGUCAUCUUUUCACGCGAAUCACUCCUCAAACAAGAAGAGGCCCUAGCCGAGCUGGACAUUUCGAUCGACGAGUUCAUCCUGAAACUUGAGCAGGCCGAAAAUCGCCGCUUGCGACUCCGGCAAAAGUUACUUGAGCAUGUCGCUGCUGCUAUCGUGCUCAACCCUAGCGCUCGGGACCAGGUAGCCGAAACUACACCACCACGGAGUCCUGUAAAGGCCGAUAGCCCUUCUCGACAUCAACGAAAAGAGACCGAGUCAAUCAAAAUUUACGCCGAUGGCCACGUUCUAAAUCUCUUCUCUGACAUCGAGAAGGCCAUCGGCAAGAUGUGCGAACAGACAUGCUAA